CAUUCUGCAGGGCAACCAGGGAGGAGCAAUAUUGGACCUCUCCAAUCCCGCCAUUUACAGGGCUGCCAACCCCACCUACACACAUACGACAUCCCUCCUCAAGCUAGACCACCCAACUUACGCAACGACACGCUCGGAAAACAAUGUCAAGCAGCAGCUCUGACCCAUCGUGGUACCACAACGCCCUCGUCCCCUACCGCGGGAGCCCAUCUUCCUCCCCUUCAACAACCCUCACCACCACCAGAUCCUCAUCCUCUUCCAUCGUCUCCUCCCGCCUUUUCACCGCGCAAACCGGCCACGCCAUUGCAACAGAACUCCUCUACCGUCUCCUCUUCGAUAUCCUCAACCGCCUCCUCACACACCUCCACCGCUUCGCAUCGCGCCAACUCGACUCCUUCUCCUCCUUCCUCGAGCGCAGAUGGCAGGAGCGCGUUGAUGCGCUGAGUGAAGCGAGGGAGGCGCGGAAGCGUAGUGAGGAGGCGAAGAAGGGGUUGGGAAUCACCGAGGAGGUGGAGCGUGUGGCCAUGGAGAGGGGAUUCGUGAAGGGUGGAGAUGAUGUGUGUCCGAUCCGUGGUGGGGACGGGAUGGGGAGAAGAGGGCCACCUGGGUGGGUUGGUGUCGUCUUGGAGGGGAUUAAGGAAGGGAGGAUUGUCGAGAGGGAUUUUUGGGGUGGGGUAUGUAUCCUUUUGAUUUCUUUACCUUGGUGGGAACAUGCUUUGAUGCGCCACUGUACAAUGUCUGGUUUCGAGGAGCAUUUUUGA